AUGGAUUCCGAUAAGAUCCAUGGCCGGAGAAAAUUCUCCUCCUGUUUCAACCCAACCGCCGCCGAGGACGCACCGCCCGACGACGGCAACAGCCGCCGGAAAAAGAAAAAGGCGCGCCGCAGCCUCUCCGGCUUUAUGAAGGCGGUUUUCUUCAAAAUGCCGUUGUGGAAAACGCUCCGAAUGAAGAGGUGGAAGCGCGAUUCCUACCGAUCAAACAAUGGCAUUCCCACCAAAAAGCCGAUGACGAAGAAAAAAAUGCCACCUUGGAAGAUUUUUUCCGACCUAGAUGAAGAAACUUCUUCCAGUGGGGAAAAAUCCGGCCGUUUAUCCUUAUUCUCGUCCACAUCAUCCUUGCGCUUGUCCUCGAUAUCAUCAAACUCAAGCUCGGGAUCCGAAAGAGGUAAGAUCAUGUCCAAUUGCCUCGAGUCGAGCCAGACGAGCACGAAUAUCAACAUCAGACAACAUGCCAUGAAAUUGGUCAACAUUAGCAAGUCAUGUGAUUGUAGAGGAUUGAUGUUCAUUAUUUUGGUUUGUUUGGUGGCUUUGAUUUUUUGUGGCAAGGCUUUUGCUAUAGUGACUUGUACCUCGGCGUGGUUGUUCUUGGCGCCCCGACGGGCCGGGCCCAAAUGCAAGGGCCCGCGGGCUAACGACGCGGAGGAUUCGAAGGAGUACAAGAAAAGGGUGAUCAUGGAAGGGUUCUUGGAGAGGAAUGAAAAGUCUAGAGUGGUACCAUAGGAGAUUUUGAAGGAGUGUUAGAAGGAUAUUUGUUUUGAUUUUUGUAUUAAGUUGUAGUCAAUGUUUUUUUGUUUAGUUGUUUGCUUGAGAGAUAUAUAUGUAUACUUUUUUUCUUUGUUCUCUAGAUUCAUCACUUUUUGUUAGCUUGAUUUUUG